AAACCACGACCACUACUUCCCCGUCCCUUUCAUACCUCCUUCGUCCCCUCUAUACCAUGGCCGACCCUGCUCCCUACAACCUUCCCGACCUCCGCCGCGUCGUGACCGGGAAUAACGAGCGCGCGGAGGGUAUCGUUACGCAUAACUCGCUGGCGCCCGCUCAGACGAUGGCUAUUGCGAAGGGUGCACGGGGCACGACGCUGUGGGUGACGACGGACGGGCUACCAACGAAUGAUAACAACUCUACUGAAGACGGCGCUCAACGAUCACUAUCCAACGACUACGCUCUGGGGAUGACCCACCCGCAAGGCGCAAGCCUGCGCUCGACGGACCUGGCGCCCGGCGCCGUCACGCCUAUGCACCGCACAUCGUCCGUCGACUACAACAUUCUUGUCGCCGGCGAAGUCAUCCUCCUCAUGGACGACGGCUCGGAAACCUACCUCAACAACCCCGGCGACACCGUCAUCCAGCGCGGCGCCAUGCACGCCUAGUACAACCCCUCACCAGACAAGUGGGCGCGGUGGGUGUCAGUGCUAAUGGGCGGGGCGCCGGCGGUGGUGGGUGGGAAGGAGUUGGCGACAGAGGCGUAUGAGAUCGAGCAACGAGAGGGGAAGUGGGUGAGGAAGGAGGAUGGAAACACAGCGCACAGUGAGGAGAGGACAGUACUAGAGGGCCUCGAAGGGCUCAAAGCCACAGCGGAG